AUGUCUCAGAAAAGAAAGACUCCCGCCACUGCUCCCAGUGCUCCCAGCGUCUCCAAUGCCCCCAAUGCCCCCACCACUUUCAAAAAAGGGGGAAAGCGUCAGCGCCCCCGAGGAGGGAAAAAGAUCAGAGCAAUACUUUCGAGGGAGAAAGCCGCCAAAGAGCUUAAGGACGCCCUCGCUUCUGCUGCUAUCACCUGUUCUGCUGCCGGCGCUGGAGAAUCCUCCACUGCUCCUCCUGUCGCCUCCCCUUCGACCGACUCCCCUACUGUUGCCUCGCAGGCACCUCCCCCGGCCAUCACUACUCCAGUAGUAGAUCCUCCUGCCGUGUCCCCCUCCAUGCCCAGCACCACUAGUGCAGUAGUCCCCACGGUGGGAGCUGCCUACCGUAUCACUCUUGCUUCAUUGGUCCCCGGGAUGGAAUUAACGGACGAGGAAGUAGAAGACCUGUCUGGGUAUUUACCCAGUGUUAUUACUACCUUCAUCCAGGAUCGUAGGGUUACCUUGGAGGUACCCUGGGAUUUGUGGGCCUAG